AUGUACACAGGGGCACUUCUCUUUUACGCAGCGGAUCCUCAGAACCUCCUCGGUUCUUCAUCAGAGGAAACAUCCUUAAAGCUGAAGAAAUCUCUGUCUGGAACAUUACCAUUCUUCUACCCUCUUGCCGGAAGAAUCAUGGGAAGUUUCGUCAACUGUAAUGAUGAAGGAGCUGUGUUUAUAGAAGCUCGAGUGGACCAUCUUCUCUCGGAGUUUCUCAAGUGCCCUGUUCCUGAAUCAUUGGAACCACUCCUUCCUCUUGAAGCUAAGUCAAGAGACGCAGUCACGUGGCCUGCGUUGCUAAUCCAAGCCAAUUUCUUCAGCUGUGGAGGAUUAGUUAUCACAAUCUGUAUUUCGCAUAAGAUCACUGAUGCAACAUCUUUGGCAAUGUUCAUCAGAGGAUGGAGUGAGUCCUCAAGAGGUUUGGGGAUUACGUUGGUUCCAAGUUUCAACGCUUCUGAUUUCUUUCCUCUACCUCCUCAUCAUGAGCUCCUUUUAAAACCGAUGGAUCACAAAGUCGAGGCUGAAGAGAUGAGUUGUGUGACAAGGAGGUUUGUGUUCGAUGCUUCAAAUAUCAAGAAACUCAGAGCCAAAGCUUCAAGCAGCCUUGUCAAGAAUCCAACCCGUGUUGAAGCCGUCACAGCUCUUUUCUGGAGAUGUGCUACUAAGGCUUCUAGGUCGAGAUCUUCAACACCAAGAAGUUCCGUGCUCCAGAUACCGGUGAGCUUACGAGGAAAGGUAGAUUCUUUGUCUGAGAACACAAUUGGGAACAUGCUCUCCAUCAUGAUUCUCAAGAAGGAAGAAGCUAUGAUAAACGGGAUUCAAGAUUUGGUUGAGGAGUUAAGGCGGGCAAAGGAAAUCUUUACCUUGAACUGCAAGGAAAUGACUAAAUCCUCGUCUAGAAUUCUUGAGUUUUUGGAAGAGAUUGGGAAAGUAUAUAGAAGAGAAGAUGAGGUGGACUUUUGGAUGAGUAAUAGCUGGUGUAAGCUAGGCAUGUACGAGGCUGAUUUCGGAUGGGGAAAGCCGGUUUGGGUAACCGGAAGAGGCACUUCCAAUUUCAAGAACUUGAUGUUGUUGAUUGAUGCCAAAGAUGGUGAUGGGAUCGAAGCUUGGAUCACUCUUACGGAAGAGCACAUGUCGCUUUUGGAAUGCGAUGAAGAGCUUCUUGAAUCAGCUUCCUUGAAUCCCCCUGUUUUGAUUUAG